AUGUCCAAACAUCCACAGCUUCUUCGCAGACCAUUGCCACCAAAAGAUGCAUUACCGCCAAAACCCUGUGAACCCAGGAGUAAAUCUCCUGAUAAAAUUUCACCGAGAAAUGAAUCAGCUCCUGAUGGUGAAUACAAGACGGAACAGGACUCUACCAACCAAUCAGAGAUAUCCUACAGGUCUUCUAGUCCAAAUAGAUUUCUUCCCUGUGGUUUUACUGCACACAGACGGGAUGAUCUGAAUUUUGCAGAGGACAAUCUUUGGGGCAAUAUUCCAAAUGAGUUCAGAUCGAAUGGUUUUCUUCAGAAACCUAAUGUGAAUUCUCCACCUUUGCAAACUAAAAGGAUAUUUUUAUCCCGCUAUAACUAUAAAAAAAUUGUGAAACUCCUUGACGCUGAAUUAUGGAACCAGAACCAGGAAAAAGUGAACAUAGUGGAAUUGCCUUUUGAUGAUAUUCCAGCACCAUCAAGGCGAAUCCCUGAGAGACAACGUAUUAUUGAGAUGAUUGCUGCCACUAGAAUCCAAGAAAAUUACUUUAGACAUGGUAUCAGCUCAGGAUUGCCCAGCUAUCCAGGAGCAGUUCCAAAUAUUGAAGGACGUAAACAAUUUCUUGAAUAUCCAGACACUGAAUCCCCAGUCAUGGAGGAAGAACCAGAAAAAAGAAUAAACCCGUAUGAGAUUUUUGUUCUAAGAUCCCUAGCAGUUGGAAAUGAUUCUUUAAAUUUCAGGGGUCAUUUUAUUAGCCAACUUCCUGAUCUGACUGCACUUGCUUCCGCACUAAAGUAUCUGAACUUGUCAUUCAACAGUUUUCAAAACAUCCCUGCUGAGAUUUAUGGAUUCUCCCAACUUGAAGUGCUGAAUUUAAGAGACAAUCCUAUCACGGACAUUUCUUCUGAUAUUGUGAAACUGACAAAUCUGAGAAUCUUUGAUAUUUCAUUCUGCCUGGUUUCAACUCUGCCAGCUGGGCUAUUCCUCUUACCAAAUAUCCAGUCUCUGAAUGUUGCCUACAACAAGAUAUCUUUCAUUUCUAACGACAUUAAGAACCUAAGAAAACUUCAGUUUUUAAACGUUGAAGGCAAUGAGCUUGUAAUAUUGCCAUGUGGCCUCCUCCAGCUCCCACUAAAGAACAUACGGGUGGAGAAUAAUUACACGCAUCCUUUGUUCUGGGAAGGAAAUGCUCGGAACCAACCACAACGACUGACUGAUCUAGCCGCUGUUACUUUCUCCAAGAACCAUUUAAGUCAGCAGUACACAAACAUUUCUAAAGAGGUGCAAGAUAUACUGAUCAAUGCGACUAUAUGUGACUGCUGCAAAGGACCUCUAUAUGGCCCAGGACUUCAACUGAUCAAGCCACAUAAGACGAUCUUUCAUACUGAAAGCCUCCUGUUCCUUUUUCAUGUCUGUUCACCAUCUUGUUAUAAAUGGUUCAUGUCCAAGGCUCGCUGAACACUAUCUAUAUUCACUAACAUUUGUCAUACUGAAAAUGGAAGUUAACGAGAACCAAGUAUUCUUGUACAGCAUGUUUCAUUUAAUAUGAUAGCCUUAAUGAAUGUCUACUCCUGGUGUGCACUUAUAAUUUCGACAAUUUAAAACGU